GAUAGUGGUGUGGAAACAUGGACGCGUUUUUAAACUAAUUAAACCAGUGUUUAUUAAUUAAACAAGUGGAGUUUUUUGUUGGAUUAGUGUCUUACUGUGCGCUGCAAUCGCCAUGAGCUACAUGCAACAGAACCAGAACAGACCCCUGCCGCAAGGGCACUUCCAACGUGCUUCAGCCGACCUGCCCAUGAUGUCCGCCAAAGAGCAGACCCAAAUGUGGCACCAGAACUCCUACAUGGGGGACUCUGGCAUCCACUCCGGGGCUUCCACCCAGGUCCCCUCGAUCACGGGCAAGGACGAAGAGAUGGACUUGUUCGACUUGGACACCCACCGAUUCACGCAAAACCACGACGAGAUCGCCCAACCGGGGGCCCAGACCGUCCCUGCGACCAUCUUCCCCGAAGCCCUCGACGAGGGGAUCGAAAUCUCCUCCCCGCAGUUCCAGCAAUGCGUCCCGGAGCCCCCCAACGACCUGGAGAAGCAAAACGCCGUCAACUUGAUGGACUACCAGGACGAGGCCGAUCUGGUCACUCGCACAAUCCCCCAGUUGACCAAACUGCUAACUGACGAGGACCAAGUGGUGGUCUCACACGCCGCUAUGAUGGUCAAUAAGCUGUCGAACAAGGAGUCGUUCCGGCAUGCCAUUAUGAGCAGCCCCGAAAUGCUGCUCGCUCUCGUCCGUGCCAUUUCCAAUUCGAAUGAUUUGGAGACCACCAAAAGUGCCAUCGGGGCUGUUCAUAAGUUGUCGCAGCACAGGCAAGGCUCACUGGCGAUACUCAAGUGUGGGGGUGUGCCUGUUUUGGUGCAGCUUCUGAGCUCGCAAGUCGAAAGUGUGCUGUUUUUUGCCAUCACUACUUUGCAUAAUCUGCUGCUGCAUCAGGAGGAGGCCAAGGUGGCGGUGAGGCAUGCUGGGGGGCUCCAGAAGUUGGUGUCGCUUUUGAGGAGGAAUAAUGUGAAUUUCUUGACGAUUGUUACGGAUUGUUUGCAAAUUUUGGCGUAUGGGAAUCAGGAGAGUAAGCUGAUUAUUUUGGCGUCGCAAGGGUCCACUGAGCUUGUGAGGAUUAUGAGGACGUAUGAUUAUGAGAGGUUGCUGUGGACAACCUCUAGAGUCUUAAAGGUGUUAUCGGUUUGCUCUAGCAACAAGCCGGUGAUAAUCGAAUCUGGCGGUUUGCUAGCCCUCGGCAAACACCUCCGCAGUCCCAGUCUUCGUCUCGUACGAAACUGUUUGUGGACUCUUCGUAAUUUAUCGGACGCCGCAACAAAAGUGAGCGGUUUAGACGAACUACUCGUAUCUUUGGUUGAAUCACUCAAUUCGAAAGAUAUCCAAGUAGUAACAUGUGCCGCGGGAAUCCUUUCCAAUCUAACGUGCAAUAACGAAUGGAACAAAAAAGUCGUCUACGAAAUGGGCGGCAUUGACGCUCUUAUUCGCACCGUUCUCAUCGCCGAAAAUCGUGAAGAAAUCACCGAACCUCUGAUCUGCACUUUAAGACACCUUACUUCAAAAAGCGGCUUCUCUGACCGCGCCAGAAGAGACAUUAUUGAAAAUAACGGCGUCCAAGUGAUUAUCAAAUUGUUAAACACGCCAUGUAGUUGGCCCUUGGUUAAAGCCUUGAUCGGGCUUUUGCGUAACUUGGCCCUUUAUCCCAGCAAUGUGGGCCCUUUGAGAGAAUGUGGGGCCGUUCAUCACUUGAUCCAACUGUUGAUGCGCGGCUUUCAAGACAUUCAGAAGAGGGGAAGUGGGCCUCAAAAGUCCUCAAAUGGGGUCCGAAUGGAGGACAUCGUCGAAGGUACAGUCAACACGUUGCACAUUUUAUCACGUGACCCUUUCACACGGUCCAUAAUUCGUCAACAAAUGGUUAUCCCGAUUUUUAUCCAAUUGUUGUACAACGAAGUGGAGAAUGUGCAACGUGCCGCCGCUGCGGUGCUCAGCGAGCUUGUGGUCGAUAAGGAAGGGGCCGAUGCUAUCGAGCAGGAGGGGGCGGCCACGGUUUUGAACGAGUUGCUUCAAUCGCGCAAUGAAGGGGUUGCCUCGUAUGCAGCGGCAAUUUUGUUCAGACUGAACGAAGAGAAGUCGCAGAAUAGCUCGAAGCGGUCGCCGAACGCGAUGAAUUCGCUGUUCCAAGAGGACAGUUUGUGGACGCCCGACUUCGAGAUUGCCGAAUUGCAAGAAAUUUUGAGUUCUGAUCAAACCUACAGUAGUGUGUAUAAUCAAGAGACAAGCGGUGUGCACAACAAUCACGGUAGUCAGCCUUUUCAGCAGCAAGGAUUUAACCAGGUACCAGUAGAGAUGUCCGGACUGGAGAUUGGCACACACGAUAGCGGUAAUAGUUCUAGUUAUUCAGCGUUGUUAGAAGCCAUGGAAGUCACAAUGGCUGAUACAGAAUCCGAUUUAAACUUUAAUAAUAUCAAUCAAUUGCCUUCCACACCACAAGAUAAUCAAGCGACAGAAUGGUACGAUAAUAAUAUUUUAAAAACCGAGUUUUAAUUUGUGAUAAUCAAUUAUUGCAUGCUUUGUAGACAUUGCAAAACAGGUGGCAAUAUUUUCAUUUUUUCGUAUUUGUUUUUGUUGUAUUCCUAUUACUUUAGGUUAAGGAACGUUUAGUUGUAUCACGACCGUAUAAGCCAUUUAUCUUAGAUUGGUAGCAAUAACGUGUAUUGUUAGAAAUACUUAACUAGAGCGUCAUUAUUUAUUUUUAAUACGUAACAUAAUUUUAUAAUUAUCGUAUAUUUACCUAUGUUAAAAGUCCCAAGCACUGCCUUUUAUUUAGUAUAUGUUCGUAUCUUUACAAUAAAUAUAUACUCCAGAUUGAGA